AUGUCUGAGUUUGCCUUCUGCAUUAAUUCUGAUUAUUUUGCAAGACGGAGAAAGAAACAUAGAGUGUCGAUACGUCAAACAAUGUUCUACUGUUUUACACAGUACGAGCCACCGCCCUCGCCACCGCCAACACCGCCACCGCCGCCACCGACGCCUCGACCCCCUACACUACAACCUCCUCCCCCACCGCCUCGACCUCCUACACAACGACCUCCUCCCCCACCGCCUCGACCUCCUACACCCCCGACUAUACCAGGGGAUAUUAUGAUUUUGCGAUGGUGGAACGGUGAUAUCAGUGGACAAAGAUGUGUGAAGAAUAUUACUGACUGCUUAGCAGGUAUUGCAGGUGGAGUAGCCGGAGGAGUAGGAGGACAAACGGCAGGUGCUAUGAUAGGAUCUCUAGCAGGACCUGUAGGAGCGUUUAUAGGAGCAGCAGUUGGAGGCGUAGUAGGACUUGCUGCAGCGUCCAUUGGUGCAAAGUAUCUUUCUGCGUCAAUCACGCAGCGGGUUUUUAGUUUGCCACCAUCGGAAGCACUUGAGAACGCCUAUCGAUGUCUUGGCGUUGAUCGGUCAAUGUCCAACGAAGUAAUCAACUCACGAUAUCGUCAACUGACUCUGAAACAUCAUCCUGACAGAGGUGGAGGCCGAAAUGAGUGGGACAAGCUGCAGUAUUCCCUGGCAAUCAUACGGGAAGCUAGAGGAGAGGCCUAA